AUGCAAUACUAACAAUUAUAAAAGACUUUCUAAAGCCUUGUCACUUCCUCUUUUGCUAUUUAUCUUCUAGAGAGCAAAUCAGCUGCAGCUUAGGAAGUUGUAAUGAACGGCUAUGGACCAGAUCAUUUUCAUUCUAACCAAGAGUUAACAGAAGUCGGGUUGGCUGGAAUGAUAAUGGGUUUUACUACAAUUGGAGUUAUAAUGAUUUAUGCAGUUAUUAGAAUAUUGGUUGAUUAAUUUGAGACUCACAAGAAAUAUGAUAAGCAAUUGGUUGAUGCAAUUGCCAGAAUGAGCGAACUUGGUCUCAACAUUGAAGAGAUUGACAAAGAGUACGAGAACUCAUUAAAUAAGAAGAGAGUAAAAAUUAGCUCUGAUGAAGCUGCUCAAAUGAAAGAUCUGAGUGAAGAUUAAGUCAAUUCUCAAGAAAUAGUGAAAAUCAACGAUAUUGAUGUCGCUCAAACAGCUAGAAACAGUGGAUCUGCCAAAAAUAAAGUUUAGUCAAGAAAACAAUGA